AAGAUUGCUAUUCUAAAAUGGAAAAUUGGCAGUGUAAAUUGAUUGCCCAAAAUUUAUUUAUAUAAAAAAAAUACAAUUUGAGAAUUGUUUACUGAAGUAUUUUCUGUUGAGUUACAGUUCCAACCUGUGUCUUGCUGAGCGACUGCCCUUGGGCUAUUGGUCCAUACAGCCACACAAGAAGAAUUGAAGGCUGCCUAUCGCCGGCUGUGUAUGUUCUACCAUCCAGACAAGCACCGAGACCCUGAACUGAAACAACAGGCAGAGACUCUCUUCAACCUUGUGCACCAGGCGUAUGAAGUACUUAGUGAUCCCCAGAGCCGAGCCAUCUAUGACAUCUAUGGUAAAAAGGGCCUGGAAAUGGAAGGAUGGGAGGUAGUAGAAAGGAAGAAAGCAGCAGCUGAAAUACGAGAAGAGUUUGAGAGACUGCAGCGAGAACGAGAAGAGAGGCGACUGCAGCAAAGAACAAACCCCAAGGGUACAAUAAGUGUUGGUGUUGAUGCCACAGAUCUGUUUGACCGCUAUGAUGAAGAGUUUGAACAACCAGGCAGUGGAUUUCCUCAGAUAGAGAUAAAUAAAAUGCACAUAUCGCAAUCCAUUGAGGCUCCAUUGACCACGACGGACACAGCUGUUUUGGCUGGGAGCCUCUCAACCCAGAAUGGCAAUGGUGGUGGUUCGAUCAAUGUUGCCUUAAGGCGGGUAACUUCUGCAAAAGGGUGGGGUGAGUUGGAAUUUGGAGCUGGAGAUGUUCAAGGACCUUUACUUGGGAUGAAAAUAUUUCGAAACCUCACAUCACAAAGUUUUAUCACCACUCACUGCGCAUUACAGUUUUCAUCUCGUGGAAUCCGACCUGGGCUGACGACUGUUCUAGCACGAAAUCUAGAUAAGAAUACGAUGGGUUACCUACAGUGGCGCUGGGGCACGCAGUCUGCCAUGAAUACAAGUAUAGUGCGGGACACCAAAACCAGCCACAUAACAAUAGCAUUACAGCUUGGAAUUCCUCAUUCUUUUAUGUUAUUGAGCUAUCAAUACAAGUUCCAGGAUGAAGAUCAAACUAGGGUGAAGGGGACAAUCAAGACAGGAUUCUUUGGCACUUUGGUCGAAUACGGCGCUGAGAGGAAGAUAUCCAGACACAGCGUCUUAGGCGCAACUGUUAGCAUUGGGAUACCUCAGGGAGUGUCUCUCAAAAUUAAAUUAAAUCGAGCCAGCCAGACUUACUUCUUCCCUAUUCAUCUGACAGACCAACUCCUGCCCAGUGCCAUUUUCUAUGCUACCGUUGGACCUCUGGUUGUUUAUUUUGCCAUGCACCGACUCAUCAUCAAACCCUACCUCUUAGCACAAAAAGAAAAGGAACUGGAGAAACAGAGAGCAAGUUCAUCGAGUACAAUAGCACUGAAGAAGCAGGAAGCUGAGGCAGCGGUUCGGUUGAUGCAGGAGUCUGUGAAGAGGAUCAUAGAAAUAGAAGAGUCUAAACUGGGCUUGAUCAUCACCAAUGCCUGGUAUGGGAAGUUUGUGACUGACAACAGUGGGAAGAAUGAGAAGGCAAAGGUGAUUGAUGUGACUGUUCCUCUUCAGUGUCUGGUGAAAGAGUCAAAACUCAUCCUUACUGAAGCAUGCAAGGUUGGUGUGCCAGGAUUCUAUGACCCAUGUGUCGGGGAGGAAAAGAGUCUGAAAGUGAUUUACCUGUUCCGAGGAGUUCUGCACCAGGUCAUGGCAGCAGAUAACGAGCCCCUUAGGAUACCAAAGCAAUCACACAGGAUUGACACAGAUGGUUGAGGAGGAGGAGAUGUGCAGUGAUAUGGGGUUGGACCUGAACAGAGAUCAGCUGCUAAACAUCUCCAUUUACCAUAAAUUAAAGAGAGAAUGCACAUAUGAUUAUUUUUAUGUAUGUAGAGUUUUUUGUUCUUUUCUGUGUAUAAAAGAUUUAAAAAAUGCUUUUACAGAUCACUAAAUAAAACAUUUGGUCGUGGUUUUUCCAUGUCAUAUUUGUCACCGGAUGCUGUAACAGUCUGAAGUAAUUCAGACCUUGUGUAGCGAUUCCUGUGCUCUGGAAAAAGAUUCUGUUUUAAGUCUAUUUGAUGUACAAAAAAAAAUUUAAAAAUAAACCCAGAUACUAUUGCCAUAAUAAAA